AUGGCGGAGAUGAUCGCGAUAUCGCUCUCGGCGAAGGUCGCCGCAACACUGUCGCGCAGUCCGGCCGCCGACAUCUCCUCUCUCGUGGCCGUCCGCUCGGGCAUCGCCGCCGCGGCGCGGGACCUGGAGCUCCUCCGCGCGUUCCUCCGGUUCGCCGACUCCCGCCGCGGCGCGGACGCGCUCGUCUCCGCCUGGGUGGACCAGAUCCGGGACGUCGGCUUCGAGCUGGAGGACGCCGCGGACGAGUACGCCUUCCUCUCCGGCGGCGGCUUCGUCCGCGCCUGCGCUAACUUCGGCGCGUGGCUCGCUCUGGCCAGACGGCUAGGCAAGGCGCGGGUGAGGCUCCGCGACCUGUCGGACGCCAAAGAGCGGUACGGCAUCCGGCCGGCCUCGGCCUCGGCGUCAAGCUCCGCUCCCGACGGCGGCACCGGGCCCGUCGUAGGCCAGAAGCUAGCGGAAGCAGCGCAUUUCGUGGAGCAUGGGGAAAUCGUCGGCGUUGCGGCGCACAGAAGGUUACUGAUGAAAUGGCUCACGGAGGACCUUGACUCUCGGAGGUCGCUGGUCGCCGUGUGUGGGAUGGGCGGCGUUGGCAAGACCACUCUGGUCACCAGCGUGUACAAGGAAGUCGCCGCAAGCCGCUACUUCGACUGCGCUGCAUGGGUGUCCGUCUCCAAGAACUUCACGACAGAUGACCUCCUAAGGAAAAUUGCCAAAGAAUUGCACCGGGACGCCCGUGCCGGCAUGCCAGACAUUGACGAGAUGGACUACCGGUCGCUGGUGGAAGCUUUGCGUGGGCAUCUCGCCAACAAGAGGUACCUAUUAUUGCUGGAUGAUGUCUGGGAUGCCAAUGCGUGGUAUGAAAUCCGCAAUGCGUUGGUUGAUGAUGGAACCGGGAGCCGGAUAAUCAUCACGACACGCAGUCAAGAUGUUGCCUCUCUCGCAGCAUCCACCAGGAUCAUCAUGUUGGAACCGCUAUGUGAGCAAGAAGCAUGGUCCUUGUUUUGUAACACCACAUUCAGGAAAGAUGACAACCGGGAGUGCCCGCAUCAUCUGGAGCAUUGGGCUGUGAAGAUACUGGGCAGAUGUUGUGGUCUACCAUUAGCAAUUGUAUCAGUUGGUAACCUCCUUGCAUUGAAGGAUAGAAUGGAAUUUGCUUGGAAGAAUGUCCAUGACAGCCUUGACUGGAAUGAAAGCAGUGUUCGUGGAAUUGGGCAAGUGUCAAGCAUACUGAAUCUGAGCAUUGACGAUCUGCCUUAUCACCUGAAGAGAUGUUUGCUGUAUUGCAGUAUAUACCCUGAAGAUUUCUUGAUCAAAAGGAAAAUUCUGAUCAGGUUGUGGAUUGCAGAAGGCUAUAUUGAGGAAAAGGGCCAGGGCACAUUGGAGGAGAUCGCGGAUGAUUACCUGAACCAGCUAGUGCAACGUAGCCUGUUGCAGGUCACGUUAACAAAUGAGUUUGGAAGAGUGAAGCGGCUCUGCAUUCAUGACUUGAUCAGAGAUUUGAUUCUGCAAAGGUCCAUGAAGGAAGGGUUCAUUGUAUUCUCAAAGUGUUCGCCAGCAUUGGAGUCAAGCAAGAAAAUCCGUCAUCUUAUACUUGACCGAUGCGAAACUGAUCAUAUAACAGUUCCAAAGUUGACAUCGAUUCGCUCCUUCAAUGCAUUUAUGGCAGAUAUGGAUUCUUCAGUCUUGUCAGGUUUUAGGUUAUUAACCGUUUUAAACUUAUGGUUCGUUCAGAUAGACAAACUACCUAGCUCACUGACCAAUCUUCUUAAUCUGCGGUAUCUUGGCAUCCGGUCCACUCUCAUUAAAGAGCUUCCACAGGAAUUGGGGAAAUUACAUCACUUGCAAACUUUAGACACCAAGUGGUCCAUGGUCCAGAGGUUACCGCCUAGCAUCGCGAAGCUCAAGAGCCUGCGCCACCUGAUAUUGUAUAGACGCCGAUCUGCAGAUUUUAGGUAUCCAGGGCCUGGUUCAGCAAUUGUAUUUCCACAGGGACUACAAAACCUAACCUGCCUGCAGACCCUUAAAUACGUCGAAGCUGAUGAGAACAUGGUCAAAUCCUUAGGAAGCUUGAAACAUAUGAAGAGCUUAGAGAUAUUUGGUGUGCAUGAGAGCAUUCUUGUUCAUUUGCCCUCAUCCAUCUCCAAAAUGAGUGGCCUUCUGCGCUUGGGAAUUGUCAGUCGAGAUGCUAAUGUAUCAUUGGACUUGGAGCCAUUUUCUCAACCACCAAUAAAGCUACAGAGACUUUCAUUGACAGGGAUGUUAGCAAGAGGUAAGUUGCCUUCAUGGGUUGGCCGCCUUGAUAGCCUCGUGCAGUUGCGUUUAUGUUCAUCUGAGCUCAAGGGAGAUUCAGUUGGAUUGCUCUCAUCACUUCCCAGGCUGUUACAUCUUACUCUGAACAAUGCAUACAGCGACAAGAGCUUGACCUUUCCAGAAGGCUGUUUUCCAGUUCUUAAGAAGCUGAGUUUACAUGACUUGCCUAACCUUUCUCAUGUAGAGUUUCAAAAAGGGAGUCUUGUACAUCUAAAUGAGCUAAUCUUAGGCCGUUGUGAUGACCUAACUGAAAUACCCCAAGGCAUCGAGAACCUCACACAGCUUGACAACCUUGAGCUUUUUGAAAUGCCAAGUGAGAUAAUACAGAAGAUUCAAGAUGGAGAAACAUUACAGGGGAAUUAUGAAGAUUCUCAGCGCGCUACAACUGUUAAGAACAUCCACUGGUAUAAUGGACAAUUGUUGCAGAAAACAAUUUACACCAACCUAUUCACAGUUCAAAUGUAG